AUGAUUCACGAGUGCACCAGUGGUAAAGUAUGGCAUAAACAAGAUGAUACUUUUUUCAUACCGAAAGGUAAUAUACUAUAUGUCCACACUCGUAAAUAUUUCAUCCUAUAUGUAAUAGAACGAUCCAUUUUACAAACUACAAGACUGUUUGAAGAGUAGAGCAUGCUGGUAAUUUUGUAAAGCAUGUUCGUUCUUCAUGGCGUCAACUUGCAACAGCCGCGAGUGUUCGUAUCCUCUCCUCCGCAGAAGCGUUUCAGUUUAAAAUGUGAGGCAUCCGAGUAAGUGGACUGAGACACAGGCUAGGGAAUAAAACCGUAAAACCGUAAACGCUUCUGCGGAGGAGAGAGUGCGGUUUUGGAUCCAAUCUCGUUCCCCGAGCUCGCAAUGAUUCCUUGGGAAAGGAAUCGCGGACUCGGGGAACAAGGAGUACGUUUUACUUUGUCUUUCUUGUCAAAGUACUUUCUAUCAGUGGAAAUUGUUGUAUAUGACUAAAAAAAUAAGGCAUCCAGCAAAACAGCCGUUGCCAUGCAGACUAAAUUCGGCAACGUUGGCAAUUUAAACUAAAUGCUAUUUUUUCAGAGUGACAUUUUAAAUGUUUAAUUUUUUUGUUUAGCAAUCUUUAACAUUUAUUUCAAAUCUCCAUUGAUCAACCGUAAUGCUAAAAAGUAAGUUGUAAAUACAAAUCAGAUUUAAACACAGAACAUAUAUAUAUAUAUAUAUAUAUAUAUAUAUAUAUAUAUAUAUAUAUAUAUAUAUAUAUAUAUAUAUAUAUAUAUAUAUAUAUAUAUAUAUAUAUAUAUAUAUAUAUAUAUAUGCUAUUUGUGAAUUGUGUUUCAUCAUAAUUCGUAGCAUCCUCAGCAUCAAGGACAAGGUAAAUAAGUUGCAAUCAGAGGCGUAAAAUUAGCUAUAAUCGACUAGCAUGACUACCAUUUUUAAGCCAUUAUUUGCGUUGAAAGUGAUCAAUUCCCUUGUAUAUAUACUUUCCCAACCAGGAUAACUUGCACCAUACAAAACUAUAAAAGCUGGAAGGUUAGAUCAGAUUAGAAACUUUAUUUAACGAGGGUAAUGACACAUGGUUACUCAGUAGUUCUCAUAAUGGCCCUGCUAUAGAAAUAGAAUACUAAUUAAAUAUUAUACCGAAUAUUGACAGACAAAAAUGUUGGAGCGUUUGAUUCUGCUGCAGACGUUUCCCAUUUACAUGCAGCUUUACUAAAGUUGGAAUGAGAAGUAAUAUUCCUGAAAGAUAUAUCAAGUUUGUUCCAUUGGCAACAUGCACUGGAAUGAAAUGUCCUGAGUCAGUUGAGCCCUGAGAUUCCUGUCCUUUGUUAUCACCCCCGAUGUAUUCCGGUUCGUUCGUUAAUAUAUUUCAGUUUUCAAUCCACUGCCACUGGACUGCUGUGGAUACAUGCAUGGACACCCAAUACGUAAAGUUUCUGCAACAAAUUCCAAGAAAUUCAGAAAACAAAGACAUUUUCACCAUGUUAAAUAGCAAAAGAUAAUAUUUUUUUAAUUAAGUUAUAUAUUCAUUUUAAUAAAUCGCGGAGUGUAAGUCCCCAUGCAGUUGCAGGAACAAAUGCAACCGAUCUUGUGUUGAUUUCCAUCGAACAGUAGAUUCAUGGUGUUCAUCCUACAGCUACACCAUCGCCGCCAUGUUAGAUCAUUACUCAUUCGAAUCUCUUCCAACAUGGUGAUUAUCUCUUUGUUGUCGAUUCCAGCUGGAAUAGGCAAUUAUUAUUUCAUCCAUGCAGUAAAUACAAUUCGUAGCAAGUAUAUGCCAUGCAUGUAUGCCAUGUAAUUUGAAAGUACAGACUUAAUUAUGCAAUUUCUGUUCAAAAAUAAUUUUUAUUGUAUUCAAACUUUAGAAAAAGUUUGUGCCAUCACGUCCCACCAUUUUCUACCUCUGACCCUUUUAAAAUGAUUGUAAACCAACCUAACUGACACUACACACAUUGACCGAAUUAUUACUUUACUGGCUUUCAUUUAAGUCCAUCUAUGAAAGAUUGUAGUGAAAUACUGAACCACGAAUUUAACUAUUUCCAUAUUUUCUAAUAAAUCUGCCCGAAUUUUCUUGAUUUUUGCUGGUAUUUUUACCGAAUUCCACUGUUUUAUGAAGUUGUUUUUUUGGGGGGAGGGCAUGCAGUUGCCCCCAGUCUCACGUGCGCCUAUGCCACAUUCUUUCGGUUAGGAGUCAUACUGUAUUAGUCCAUUAUUAUUACAAAUGGGGACCGGAGUAUGCAGAGAAAACCAGCCGUAUAUUAGUUAGAAUCACCAACUGGAAUUAUUCUUUCAACAUGCGACAAAAGCGAAAUCGUAAUCAGGCAAUAGACAAUUCCCAUUAUAGACUAAUUUUAAAAUUAGGCAAGGAAACUCAAAUAAAUCACCACAGCUAGAAAGAGCAUACGAAAAUUAGUAAAAUUACAAAGUUUGGUUGCGAAAUGUUGUAAAAUGUGGAAAAUAUAGCCUUGCAAAGUUCGCAAAUUUUGUAUACUUUUGUAUUGCUUGCGGGAAUUCCUACCACAUUCCUACCACAUUUAGGCCGAAAAUGUCGCACGCAAUACAAAAGUAUACAAAAUUUGCAAACUUUGCAAGGCCAUAUUUUCCAAAUUUUACAACAUUUCGCAACCAAAUUUUGUAAUUUUACUAAUUUUAGUAUGCUCUUUCUACCUGUGGUGAUUUAUUUGCAUCUCCUUGCCUAGUUUUAAAAUUAGUCUAUAAUGGGAAUUGUCUAUUCAUGCAUAUCUGGUAUACGGCUACAUGAAUUGACUCCUAUGGCUAUGCUCAUAAUGAUGCAGUACUUGCAGUCACCAUACCUUAUUCACGAAAGUGAUUAUAUAAUCACUUAUACAUUUAGAUCUCGUUCACUUAGAUCUUCUCAUUUUUGUUUUUAUCUAUAGUAUGGUACUUGCAGAAAUAUUUGCUUUGUUACUUGACUUUGAUCUUAAAGAUGUUGCUUAUGCAGCUGAUGUGGCUGAAUUAAGGUAGAGUCUGGCCUAUAUAGAUCGAGUGCCAUGUAUUAAUGAUGCAUGUUUAAUAUAUUUUUUAAAUAGUAUCAUCUCUAAGAGUAAAUUACCAGAAGAGCUAAAGACCAUAAAGCUACUGUAGGGUUACUUAUCUUGACCCAGCUUAUAGCACAUUAACUCACACACAAGAUGUUUAAAAGUUGCAUUUUCGAAACACGAAAUUGAAAUACCUUCCAUUACAGUAUUCCAGCGCUAUUCCUGCAUGUAAAUAUACUGUAUAAUUUCAAUAUCUAUAUUAGCCUAGAGCCAUGCCUUUACUCGGCUGGCUUUGGCAGCUAGGUUUGGUCAAUUUUAGGCUAGCAUUUAGCAAGUAUGACGUCACAAGCGAAACGAAAGAAGUGUCGCUUAGGUCCCAGUCUUCUCAUGUGUAAAAGCGCUGAAUAUUAAAAAUAGAAAUAGAAGACGUAGGUCUAAUCUGAAUAUAUAUAUGUACAUUUUAAAAUAUUUAUUAUAAAUAGUGGAUAGUGCUAUAAAAUAAAAUCUUCUUUGCAAACUCGAUAUUUUUAGUUACUGCAUUACAGUUUGUCAAACUGGCAUUAUAAUGAACUUUUGUGGAUUUAGCGACAAAUUGCAAGUAAGUGUAUAAAAUGUCAAGUAUUAAAAUGUAAAGAAAAUUAGCGUAUAAAGCAGUAGAGGGCGACUGCAUACCUCCGCCAGAGUAGAGAAUUAGGUUAUGUAUCAUGCAUAAAUUAGACUAUGGGCUAAUUACUGUACACAAACGUUUGCUAUUAUUACGUUUGAUUUUUUUUAAAAUUAUGAUAAUCAUGAUGACAGACAAACACAUACACACAAACACAUACACACGGCGGAGGAUUUUUUUAUCUUUAUGUGGGCCAAAAUUGCUCAAUAUAAUCACAAACAAGUCUCCGCGUUAUAGGAGCCGUUGUUCACCUGUGUGGCAGACGGUCUACCCGCGGCGGAACACCCAAAAGGCGGGCGAGGCGAGAAUGUGUUGAAUAAGUACGGCAAAAAUACUCUGUAAUAGCCAUUAAAAUUAAUAUAACUGGAACGCUACCUUCAGAUAAACUUCCUAUCUUUUUCUUGAAGCCAAAUCUGACCCUCAGACACCUGUGUCUGGGGGUCAAAACACGCGUGUUUGUAUCAUGAUUGACUGAUUGAGAGCGCUCUUCCCAUGCGUGAGAAGACUGGAACUGGCCUUCAAGUUUGGCUUCAAGUUUCCAGUUGGAGGUAGCGUUCCAGUAUAUAUUCAUUUCAUUGGUAAUAGCAAAAGAAAGCUUUUGUUGAAUACAAACUAAUAGCAUCGUCGUUCUUUAUGCCCAGUAUAUUAAUUACUUCCCUAAUAAUGCGAUUUCAGGAUUUGGAACUACGUAUUGCCGUGGACGCUUCGUCUCGCCUGAAAAAACGUGUCAUGUUUUUGUAUCAAAACAUUCAGGAAUGCGGCUACAUUCCUAAGCCUAUUGCUGUUAAAUGUGGAACUAUUUUUUUUAUCGACAUUAAUGACCACGACACUCUCACUUUUUAGCCACGCCAACGUAAGAGACACCACGACGUUAGGAAUGUGGUCGCAUUCCUGCAUAUUUUGACGCGAGAACAUCGCACGUUUGCGUGGAAGGAUGCGCGCGGUUUUGUUAAUACUGGUUUGUUAUGUGCAAUAUUAGAAAGCAGCAUGUGACUUCAUGUAAGUUUGGACGUAACAUUUUAAUUUAAAGGGUAGGUAUAUUCCAUAUAAAUUCAUCUUAAGAGGCGGAACCCCAUAUUCGUGAUGAGAACAACCAGGAGCCUGGGGCGGUUGUAGAAAACUCUAACUACUUUCUAUAACUACCUGUUUCGUAGUUUAUUAAAUUGUACAGUAGUUAACUCUAAAAUGCACGAUUCUGAUUGGUUAACUUUUCCACUUACUAUAUAGUUAACUUUAAGGAUUCCCUGGCAGUAAGUCAGAUAGCCCCUCUGUGUCCGUUUUCCUGAUCCACGGUAACGUUGAAUGCUUCUUUCUUUGCAAACAAUUCUUCUGACCGGUUUUUAAAUGUAUUAAAUUAAAGCGAAAUAAAUUCUAGUAUCGAAAUACAUUCAAGUAUAAAUUGGUGUUUAUUUAUAUAGAUGCUGUUUCAGAAGGUAAUUGAACACAUGAAUACUUUUGAAGUUAAAGAAACUCAGUUUAAUAUGGUUAAGGUGAGUAAAGUGAGCUGCAUAUAUACACUGGAGUAAGAACUCGAGUCCAAAAAGUGAAGUAAAAGAUGGCGAAAAUUGCGUCCAGCGCCAGUCCCUUUCUAUUGUUUUUAUCCUGUCUCCUCCACAGUCUGCUGCAACAUGGGAAGGUCACACCCGAAUUCUGCAUACGGGCCCGCGGAAUCAUGUGCAAAAUAAAUUAUUUUUUCCAUUAAAUAUCCAGUAAUACAUUUUAAUAAUUAACUAGCGAUCAUUUUAACCAAUCACAAUAGAGCUUUUGGUAAAAUCGCGUCUGAUUGGUCAUUUUUCCUUAGCAACGCGUAGUAACCAUGAAAAUUGGUUACUGGCGUAAGCAAUAAUAUAUAACGCCAUUUUGUUUACAAGAUUCAGCAGCCUCUCUAGAAAUUGUGACAUUCCCAUGAGGCAUGCACGAGGGCCAGUGGAGGAGGCUGGUUUUUGUUUGCGCGGUUAAUAUGAAGUUGCGAGAAGUGUGCCAAAAUUUCGUGUUUUGACUUCGAUUUAAGGUGGCUCCCUACAGCUAGAACAGUUUUUUUAAAACACGAUUUACAUAUAUAUAUAUAUCCUUUAUACAUUGAUAUACAUAUAGAUUCCUUCAUGAACCAUAAAUCUUUAAAAAAAGUCCAGAAAAAUUUACUGAAGGAGAAUAAAGAUUUUAUCAAUUUAUUGUGAAAUUAGACACUAAAAGUGCAAACGAUUAAACGUCAUGGUACUAACACUGUUUUCAUUUGUUCAUAAAUGGACAGUACACAGCUUUUGAACUUUCCUGGAAAUGAUCAUAUUGCCCUGUCUUAAGGUGGCUCCCUACACUUUUUUAAAUUAAAUGCUACUCCUAACAGCCUUUGCUGUGGCAACAAUGACGUCACAACAUGGCGGAUAUUUUAUGUUUAAAGUAACUCGAAAAAAACUUUGGUGACCCCAUUUUUUAUUUCAUAAAAUGAUUUCUAUUGGUAUUUUGAAUUAUUUUCAUGAUUUAAAAAAAAUUAUGUUAUGCCGAAAUUUUUCAAGAUGUGAAAAUGUGAAAAUUCGUAAUAAAUUUUUUUUGCCAUAUUAGAGUUUUUAAGAUAACGAAAAUAGUUUAAAAUUCUAAAAGAAAUCAUUUUAUGAAAUAAAAAAUGGGGGUUCCCGAAGUUUUUUUCGAGUUAAAUUACUUUAAGCAUAAAAUAUCCGACAUGUUGUAACGUCAUUGUUGCCAUAGCAACGGCAGUUAGGAGUACUUUUUUAAAAUUCCGAACUCCUUAGUUAUUGUGUUAUACAAGUCAGAUACUCUUUGUUUUUAAAUAAAUAAUAAUUCUCCAGAAAUUCAUAUCCGAAUCGGCAGAAAAUCUUUAAUGUUUAAAAAAGUGUAGCGAGUCACCUUAACUCUUAAGUGUAUUCAAUAUAAAUUUGGUUGAAAGCGAACGUUACCCAAAACACCUAACAUUUUAGAUUUUAGACUAUAUGGAUUUACGAACAUGAAACUUGAUUAGAAACUGCAUAUUGCAAAAACUGAUGGCCUAUGCAAGUGCUACUGCGAUACUUGCAACAGCGGCUAAACAAGAUGAACAUGCAACAUGUAUAUACUCUUGUGAAGAUGGAAAUUUUAGGAUAUAAAUAAUAAACCAAAAGCCGGAAAUGAAAGCAUCUCUAAAACCCAUAAUGAUGAUAUUUAAUCUGUGGUUUGCAACUAAUCCCCAGGGAUUCAUUGAAGAGAUUUUCGGCAUGUUGGAUAAAAUUAGGAUUACAAACAAAAAAUUCCUUUGUCAAAUUUAGCCACUCAUAUACUAGAUGUUUGAGCGUUAUUUUCGUUCCCAGCAACUUGCAGCGCAUUAAGGAUGUGUUGACAUACAUUGUGCAUAAUAAUGAUUGUUGUUAUUGUAUAGGAGCAAGCAACGAGGGCUUAUUACAAUCGUAUUAUUAAACCUGAAAAACUUGUUCGGUAA